CUCUGGGCCGGGCUGGAUGAGCUGAGCUCCCUGCUGAGGACAGUCAGACCCUUACCUCUUUCUGUGUCCUGUCCCCAGGCCAGAACCGCUGCGGGCUGCUGUCCAAAAGAGCUCAGCUUUCCCACCAUCCAGUCAGCUGGAGACCCCUGCCCUACUGUGAGUCCCGAGCUCACUUCUCCUGACUUCUCAGCCGCCACCUCAGAAGGCUGGAGCAGGGACGUGGUCGCUCCGGCCGCCUGCUCCCUUCGGGUCCCCGUGCGAACCCACGCCGGCCCCGGCGCCCACCCGCAGCCCUGCCUCUGGAUACCGGAUAAGACCCAGCGCACAGACUCCCAGGUGGACAGCAUGGACCGAGGCGUGCUCCCUCUGGCCAUUAUCCUGCUGCUGGCCACCUACAGCUUCGUGCCCACAAGUCUUGCAGAAAGAGUCCAUUGUGACCUACAGCCUGUGGACCCCACGAGGAGUGAGGUGACGUACACCACCAGCCAGGUCCCUGAGGGCUGCGUAGCUCAGGUCGCCAACGCUACCCAUGAAGUUCACGUUCUCUUCCUGGAAUUUCCCAAGAUGUCAAUGCUGGAGCUGACUCUUCAGGCAUCCAAGCAAAACGGCGCUGGGACCCGAGAGGUGGUUCUGGUCCUUGUUUCCAACACAAGUGUCCUCAUCAAGCUCCAGGCCCCGGAAAUCCCAUGGCAGCUGGCUUACGACAGAAAAAUGAUCACCUUUACAGAGAAGCUGGAAGUCAGCACCACAGAGCUGCCAUCCCCCACCUCCAGGAAGCAGGCCCUUGACUGGGCAGUCGAAAAGAGUGCCAUCACCUCAAUGGCAACACUGCUUGACCCCAAAAACGUCGUCCUCCGAGUGGGCCAAGCCCUAAAGGCACCGCCCUACUGCUUGGCAGAGGCCCAUCAGGACAUGGGUCCCACACUGGAAUGGCAACCUCAAGCUCCCACCCCAGUCCAAGGCUGCUCCUUGGAAGGUGUGACUGGCCACAAGGAGGCAUACAUCGUGAGGAUCCUGCCAGGUUCUGGAGCCAGGCCCCGGACAGUGUCUGUAAAGGUGGAACUGAGUUGUGAAUCCGGGGAUCCCGACGCCGUUCUCAUCCUGCAGGGUCCUCCAUACGUGUCCUGGUUCAUCAAUGCCAACCACAACAUGCAGUUAUGGACCACAGGCGAAUACUCCAUCAAGAUCUUUCCAGAAAAGAGCAUCAAAGGGUUCGUGCUUCCAGACACGCCCCAAGGCCUGGUAGGGGAGGCCCGCAAGCUCAACGCCAGCAUCAUAGCAUCCUUUGUAGAGCUGCCCGUGGCCAGCGACGUCUCACUGAGGGCCUCUGGCUGCGGUGGUGUGCCACAGACUUCACCUGCGCCAGUUCUGACCACACCUCCCAAGGACAGGUGCAACUCUGGUCUACUCAUGUCCCUGAUCCAGCCAAAGUGUGGCCAAGACAUCAUGACUCUGGAACUCAGUAAAAAACAUGUGCAGACUCUGCAGUGCACCAUCAUAGGCCUGACUUUCUGGGACCCCAGCUGCCAGGCUGAAGACAGCGAUGAUCACCUUGUCUUGCGUAGCGGCUACUCCAGCUGUGGCAUGAAAGUGACAGCACCUGUGAUCAGCAACGAGGUGAUCAUCAGUUUCCUGUCAGGCUUACCACCGCUCCGGAAAAAGGUGCAGUGCAUCGACAUGGAGAGCGUCUCCUUGCAGCUGGGACUCUACCUCAGCCCACACUUCCUCCAGGCAUCCAGCACCAUCGAGCUGGGCCAGCAAGGCUUUGUGCAGGUGAGCGUGCCCCCAUCAACCUCUGAGGUCACAGUCCAGCUGGAGAGCUGCCAUCUGGAUCUGGGGCCUGAAGGGGACACGGUGGAACUCGUCCAGAGCCGAGCAGCCAAGGGCAGCUGUGUGAGCUUGCUGGCCCCAAGCCCUGAAGGUGACCCUCGCUUCAGCUUCCUCCUCCGUGUCUACAUGGUGCCCACCCCCACAGCUGGCACCCUCAGCUGCAAAGUAGCUCUGCAGCCCAGCACCUCGUCCCAGGAAGUCUACAAGACCGUCUCCAUGCGUCUGAACAUCGUCAGUCCUGACCUGUCUGGCAAAGGCCUCGUCCUGCCCUACGUGCUGGGCAUCACCUUUGGAGCCUUCCUCAUCGGGGCCCUGCUCACGGCUGCACUCUGGUACAUCUAUUCUCACACACGUGCCCCCAGCAAGCGGGAGCCCGUGGUGGCGGUGGCUGCCUCAGCCUCCUCUGAGAGCAGCAGUACCAACCACAGCAUCGGGAGCACCCAGAGCACCCCCUGCUCCACCAGCAGCAUGGCGUAGUGCCCAGCCGGGAGCCGCAGGGCCCCCCAGCCAGCCCUUGCCCCGCAGCAGAGACCAAGCAGCCACAAGCUGGGAACCACUGGCCACGAACUUGUCCCAGGAGCCAAACAUCUCCACUCAGUCAUGGAUGGAGCAUGCCCCCCGCACCUGUCCCUCAUACCUCCCUCGCAGAGGCUUGUUGCCCGAGGACACUCCAGCCUGGAACAGCUCGGGGUCUUCUCACCCCACUUCACAGAACUGUCCAACCCAGGGGCUCUGAGAUAGGACUGCCCAGGACUACAGAGAGACACAGCACUGCCCUUACAUCAGCUUUGCUGUAGAAGCUUAGGGAGCCGCCUGAAGGCUGGGCCCUGUGCUGGCGAACGGGCUGUGUGGGAGCUGAGAACUCCGGACGCGCCUGCCCAGCCCAGCCCAGCCAGAGCCACCUGCGGCUGGCUCUGGUGGCUUCCUCACCUGUACUGGCACAAUUUUGGUGGGGGAAACAAAGCUGACGGGCGCUCAGCUCAGGAAGGCGGCCUCAGAGGGUGGCGUGAACAGUGGGGUGGGGGAGCCCAGCCCCUCCCAGAAAUGCCACAGAGACCUCCUCCCAGCCCAUCCACUGGACGGGCAGGAGGAGAACGGCCAGGCUGCUGGUCCUGGGCCAAACCCUGUAUACUCACCAAUAAAUCAGACAUGAA